UUUCCUGUAGCAUGAACGAUAAGGAGCUGAGUGGAGGCUGUAGCCUGUAAGAGGAAUCCAGAGAAGAAGCUUAAUUAAUACCAUUGCUGCACAUGUAAGAGGCGACCGAGGGAGGAGCAAGAGGAAGAAGAACCAGAGGGUUUUGCUAAAGAUGGAAGCGGAGACGGCCGUCUUCCCAGACUUGUCGGAUUUCGAGUUCUUCAUGAUCAUACUCCAAAAUACCUGGGAAAAACUGAGGGUGCCUGACAAGUUCGCCAAGUUGCUGGACGGGCAAGAGCCCCGUGAAGUGAAGCUGCGGGAGGCAAGCGGCGGUCGUCGCCUGUGGGACGUGGCUGUGCUGUUCGACGGCGAAGGCCACAUGUACCUGGAGCGCGGCUGGCAGCCGUUCGCCCGCGCUCACGACAUUGGGCUCGGGAACUUCCUCGUCUUCAGUUACGACGGCGACGCCGUUCUCACAGUCAAGGUGUUCGACGGAAGCAUGUGCCGCAGACACUACCACGACGACGACGACGACGACACCAACACAGGCAGUGGAACCAGCAGCCACAGCGGCACCAACAACAGCAUGGACAGUGUCAGCAACGACAUCAGCAGCAGAAGCACGGCGGAGAUGAAGAUGGACGACGCGCUGACGUCGCAGUUCACGGUCACGCUGAAACCGAGCCACCUGGGCGACAGGCAGAAGCAGUACCUGAACGUGCCACCGGCGUUCCAGAACGCGCACGGGUACGACAGGAGGAGAGAGGUGGUGCUGCGGAUGCGCGGGGAGAAGUGGAGCGUGUCCCUGAAGCACAACGUCAGGGCGGAUGGCAAGACCCGCGCGUCGCUCAGGUAUGGGUGGCACCAGUUCUGCGUCGACAACGGCCUCGGCGUCGGCGACGUCUGCUUCUUCCGGGCGCUGCACGGGGUAGGGGUAGGCGACGACCACGCACUCAAGGUGGAGGUGCGCAAGCGAGAUGACACCUUCCUGGAAUGAUAGGCGCGGCGCCGUGGGCGGUGGAUGCAGGGCCUCCGAUGCAUCAUAUCAGUGGCCGAGCUGCAGUCCAUUCUGGACGAGUUGGCUGUUGCGGCACCAUAGGCCUCUCCAUGCUCUGUUUGCCUGUGGUUACCAUGUUAGAACAAUUUCACCAUGUCUAUGCUGAAGCAAAGCCGAGCUUGAUUGUUGUGGCAAAGCCUGGUUUGAUGAUACCUGCUAUGUGUUGUCUGUUUUGUGUUUGUGUUUGUGGACUUUCAGUUCCAGGAUUUGUUGGCUGUUGUUGCUAGUAACCACUGUGUUCGUGGUGUGACUUGGUCUGUGACCGUUUGUCUGUACCUGUUUGUAAAUUUUUGUCUGUUCGUGUGCCAUUUAGACUUUAGAGGGUCUGCUUAUGGUUUAA